UUGCAUCGACGUGCGUUUCAAUUUUCCCCAUCCCGAGCGCCAAAACUGUUGCAAGAAAUGAAAAAAAAGGGAUAAAAAUCAAACAGAGCACCAGAGAGUAGAGAGUAGAGCCGCCAUAAUCCGGCAGAUCAUCUUCAGUUUUCGAAUUCCAUUUUUCCGAAUCAGUUUCAGAGCUUCGCUGAAAUAUGGAGAUCGGAUCGGGUGCGAUUGGAGUCUGCUCGAAAGAACAGCAGAAGAUCUUUCAGGAGUGGUUCACUUUGGCCGAUUCAGAUGGAGAUGGCCGUGUUACUGGAAAUGACGCCAUACAGUUCUUCUCCAUGUCUCAUCUUUCUCGCGCAGAGCUCAAACAGGUUUGGGCUAUUGCAGACUCCAAACGACAAGGAUAUUUAGGGUUCAAUCAGUUUGUUACUGCCAUGCAGCUUAUUUCUUUAGCUCAAUCAGGGUCUGACUUGAAUGCAGAUAUCCUCAAAGAAGCAGCUGCGAUGGAGGAAAUUAAACUUCCAGUUCUAGAAGGCUUGGACGUUGUUAAGUCCAAGUGGUUAGCAACAUCUAGCCAACUUGAAACCAAUGGACCUCCUCAAUCCCAGCCACCGUCAUCAACUCCAUGGUUUGCUUCAAAAUCUGGGAGCAAGCUAUCCCAUACUGCAGUUACAUCAAUAAUUGACGGUUUGAAGAAACUAUACAAUGAAAAGCUAAAGCCUUUGGAAGCUACUUAUCGGUUUAAUGAUUUUGUGUCCCCACUGCUGACAAGCAGUGACUUUGAUGCCAAGCCCAUGGUCAUGUUGUUGGGCCAAUAUUCAACUGGAAAGACAACAUUUAUUAAGCAUUUGUUAAGAUGUAAUUAUCCAGGAGCUCACAUAGGACCGGAGCCAACAACUGAUAGAUUUGUAGUAGUUAUGUCUGGACCAGAUGAGAGAAGUGUUCCAGGAAACACCAUUGCCGUUCAUGCAGACAUGCCAUUCUCUGGUUUGACAUCCUUCGGUGGAGCAUUCUUGUCAAAGUUUGAAUGUUCCCAAAUGCCACAUCCUCUGCUCGAUCAAAUUACAUUUGUGGACACUCCUGGAGUUCUAUCUGGGGAAAAGCAACGCACACAGAGAAGCUAUGAUUUCACAGGGGUUAUAUCAUGGUUUGCAGCAAAAUGCGAUCUCAUUCUUCUUCUGUUUGAUCCCCAUAAACUCGAUAUCAGUGACGAGUUCAAGCGUGUAAUCGGAUCUCUUCGUGGUCAAGAUGAUAAGAUCCGAGUUGUUCUCAAUAAAGCAGAUCAAGUUGAUACUCAACAAUUAAUGAGAGUAUACGGAGCAUUGAUGUGGUCUCUUGGAAAAGUGUUGAAUACUCCAGAGGUCGUUCGUGUAUAUAUUGGUUCAUUCAACGACAAGCCUGUUAAUGAAGCCUCAGUUGGGCCAAUCGGUCGCGAUCUCUUUGUGAAGGAACAAGAUGACCUCUUAACAGACUUGAUUGAUAUCCCAAAGAAAGCGUGCGACCGUCGGAUUAAUGAAUUUGUAAAACGCGCCCGAGCGGCUAAGAUUCAUGCUUACAUUAUCAGCCACCUUAAAAAAGAGAUGCCUGCGAUGAUGGGCAAAGCUAAAGCUCAACAACGGCUUACUGACAAUCUUGAAGAUGAGUUUGGAAAGGUUCAAAGGGAGUACCACCUACCCGCGGGCGACUUCCCAAAUGUGGAGCAUUUUAGAGAGGUACUAAAUGGGUACAGUAUUGAUAAAUUUGAGAAAUUGAAGCCCAAAAUGAUUCAAGCUGUGGAUGACAUGCUUGGCUAUGACAUCCCAGAACUUCUGAAGAACUUCAAAAAUCCUUAUGAGUGAAAAAUAUAGAAUGAUAUGAUAGUUCAUAGUAUGUUCGUAGUUGCAGUGAAUGUUGGAAUUCAAAUUUUGGGAAGUUCUUUUCUUCAUUAUUUACUUUUAGUUAAUGCUCAAGUGUAUGUGUAUUUUGAUUGGGCAUUUUGAUGUAAUCUUCAAAGUUCUCGUCUUUUUUUUUUUUUAUUUUUUUUAAAAAAGGCCAAUGGUGGGUUCAUCGUUGCAUUCUUUUUGCGAUAAUAGUUGUAUUUUCGUUGAGAGUUUGUCGAUAUUGGUGGCUUGUUAUGUGAUGUUGAUAUUUAUAAA